UCCCUUUUACAUCUGCAGAGAUGUCAUUUUGAAAUGUAUAGAAGGACUUUCAGGGUUAAGAGGAAAGUGAGAACUUCAUCAGCGUACGGCCAGUUAUUUAUGGCAGGAACUGGACCUUGUUUGAAGAUUAGCUGAGUUAAGGGUAGGAAUAAAAUUUUAUUUGACAUGUUUUUUUUUUCCCUCCAAAAGAAAUACCAGUUACAUUUUUUUCUUUUUCUUCUUCUUUUUUUUUUUUUUUAAACCAGACAAGGUCUUUCCAUGUUGCUCAGGCUGGCCUUGAACCUCCUAGGUCCAAGUGAUCCACCUCUGAGUACUGGGAAGACAGGCGUGUCCCACCACCCCUACUUUCAAGUGUUCUUGAUACAAAAUUUAUACUUUUAAACAUUUUAAGAAAACUUAUCAUGAAAAGUGAGAAAAGGGAAAAUGUUCAUGUAGAUUUCAUUGGGUUUUGUGGAAUUUUUCAUUUGCUUUGAUGGGAAUGGGGUAUUUGGAUUUGCUUUGAAUGGAUUUAAUAUUGAGGUUAGUAAGACCAAAUUAAGAGACACCUGCCUGCACCAUACUUUGAGUCUCCAGAUCACCAGGUCUGAUCUGGUUUCAUAGCUUGUCCCCACUUCCACUGGCUAGUGAUUUGAUAGAAUUCUUUGUCUAAUAAUGUAACUGAUGGAUGAAAGGGCAUAUUUAGGUCAAUAUAAAAUGAGAGCUAGCAUUUACUGAGAGCUUACUGUAUGCCAGGCACCAUUCAUUCUAAGUGUUUCCAUGUGUUCAAAUGCCCAUACCACACUGUGAGGUAAGUAUUAAUAACCUCCUCUUACAGAUGAUAAACAGAGCCACAAAGAAGUAAAGUCAUUAAUUAGGAUUAAAAUUAGGAUCAGCCAAGAUCAAACCACAAAAAAAUUGGUAGUUUGAACCCAUAGCUAGUGCACCUUAAACUGCCUGUGCUGUGAACCAUGCGGUCUUGGGAGGGCUUCUAUGUUUAUAGCCUUCAUUCAGGGUCUUUUGAUUACACACAAUUUCACCAUGUUUUCCAAGCUCAAGACACUCACUGAAAGCAUCUAAAACAAUGACUUUCUCACUUCACAUUGACAGUCUAAUGCAUUCUGACAGCUGAAACAACUGUGGUGUACGUUGUUUUCUGGAGGGUUCAGCUUGUGGCUGUGCAGCCCUUCCUCCAAAUCCAGGAGCCACAUUAAUGCCCUUUGUCUCUGCCAGGUGCUCCAGUUAUGGAGAUUCUGGCCCUAGUGUCAGCGUAGCACAUGCCUGGGGCACACAACACAACAGACCCGCGCUUCAGGCACAGACUGUUCUACUGAUGUCCGGGAUUCGCUGCGGUUAUUCUGUAGCUUUAGGAACGAGUUAAUUUUCUAGAAGGGCAUGAUACAAGGAACAUGUCAUUCAAGAAAGGUGCCUUGAGCACUACUCCAUCUUUACAAUUAAGGAGUCAAAAUGGGAGUCCGCACAUCCGGUUGGUUAGAGGGUUAGCAGGAUAUUUGGGGAAAUGAGAAUUAAAGCCCAAGGGCUUUAAUCAGAGAAGCUGCAUCUGAAUGUUUCAAGUCUACAAACCUUAGGCGGUUCCUUUAAGCUGUGGAGCUGCUGCUUCCCGGACGUGGAAGAAUGGCCCGCCUCUAGCCUCUGUCACGAGUGACGACGCUAAGCGUGGGGGUGGCUUCUGGGUGGGGCUGCGCCUGCGCUGCGUGGAAGCUUCUCCAACGCUUGCGCUGUGGAAGCUUCCCAGGAUCCCGCGCGUGCGUGCUGCCGCCCUGCGCCGCGACCCCGCCCCCCCCCCACCUGCGCGUGCCUUUCACAGCCCGGGCGUGAGACAUGGUGUUGUCAGAGCUGGCGGCGCGCCUCAAUUGCACUGAGUACAAAAACUGGGUGAAGGCAGGACAUUGCCUGCUGCUGCUGCGCAGCUGCCUGCAGGGGUUCGUCGGCCGCGAGGUGCUCUCCUUCCAUCGCGGACUGCUCGCUGCAGUUCCCGGCCUUGGUCCCCACGCCACCUGCCGCGGCGGCUCCCGGUGCAGCCCGCGCGCUCGCCAGUUUCAGCCUCAGUGUCAAGUGUGCACAGAGUGGAAACGCGAGAUCUUGAGGCAUCACGUCAACAGAAAUGGAGACGUGCACUGGGGAAAUUGUCGGCCUGGCCUCUGGCCCGUGGACGCUUGGGAGGUAGCCAAGGCCUUCAUGCCUCGAGGACUGGCAGAGAAACGAGGACCUGAGGAAUGUGAUGCGGUUGCUCUGUUGAGUCUCAUCAACUCCUGUGAUCACUUCAUGGUUGACCGGAAGAAAGUCACCGAGCUAAUUCGGUGUCGGAACGAGAUAAUGCACUCUUCAGAGAUGAAAGUAUCUUCUACGUGGCUUCGAGAUUUUCAGAUAAAGAUCCAGAAUUUUCUGAAUGAAUUCAAGAAUAUUCCAGAGAUUGUAGCAGUAUAUUCCAGAAUAGAACAGCUGCUGACAUCUGACUGGGCUGUUCACAUUCCUGAGGAGGAUGAACGAGAUGGGUGUGAAUUGGAAACAGGAAGUUACUUGAGUGUGAGCCAAAUCCAUGAAAUUGAAACGGAACUGCUGAAGGAAAAACUGCAAGAGAUGUAUCUUCAGGCAGCUGCAGAAGAGGCGUUGCCAGAAGAGAUCUCGAAUCGACUGGAUGUGGUGAAAGCGUUUCUGAGAAACAACACAGAUCUCAGAAAUAGCCUCACAAAAGACGUGCAGAAACUAGACAGCCUCCAUCUCCAGCAUCAGAAACAGACUUCAAAGGAUGCUGAGAGACAGCCAGCUGAAAGGAAGCCUUGAGGUCAAUGGAAUUAGACAUCUUCGUGUCAACUCUGGACUUUGCUCUGUUCCCAAAACUGCCUAGAAGAAACGCGCCAUGCCAAGGCUCAGCAAACAUGAGUGGCUCCUUCACCUGGUCAGCUGCCUGCCUCAGAUGGAAUCUUCAGAGAAUGGCUGCAGAGAGACCGUAUUUGGCCUAGAUUUUGACUUUAGAACCCAUGUGAAUGCAAGUGUGCCUGCAGCUUGGUGGUCUCAUUUCCCGUUGCUGUUUGCUUUUCAGUCUUACCUUUUCUUUCUCCCUUCAUUGUUCUCCCUUCUCAAGUUCCUUGAGAAGACUUCAAGAGUAAAACAAGACUUUGCAUUUAUUUUGCAACUUUGCCAAAACAAACAACAACAACAAAAAAAAAAACCCUAAUGAAAUACCUCCUCCUUUCUAGAUCUGAGGUA